GAGCUAGAAAGUCACCACUAUUACCUUUUCUUUGGUACCUGCCAGAAACAUGCCUUGGCACUCUUAUUUUAGGCCCUGCCACCCAUUGACUUGAUAGAGAAGUGUCUGAAGAGGGCCAGUGUCACGAGCAGGUGUUUGGCCAGUCAGAUCAGGGAGCAGCAUUUUGGCAUUCGCUCCCGCAGUUGGACCAGCAAAUUACAUACCACUGAGGGACUGCAGUAAAGCAGUUAAACUUGGCAGAAAUCUGGAGGUUCCCAACCCCCUUAAGAUGUACGGCCUGUACUUGGAAGCAGUGAAUGAUUAUAUCAACGAGUCGUACGGAGAGGAUGUAUGGAGGCUGAUAGAGGCCCGGGCAGAGAUACCGCAUCUCAAGUUUGUCCGCCAUCAGAUGUACAAUGACAACCUGAUCCUGCGGCUAGCCAAGGCAGCUGGUGAGGUCCUGGGGAAGACCCAUGAUGAGCUCAUGUAUGCCUUCGGGGUUUACAUGGUGAAGAGGAUCGGGAACUACGGCUACGAGAGGAUUCUCAAGGUGUUGGGGCGUAAUGUGCGUGACUUCAUCAAUGAGCUGGACAACCUGCACGAGUACUUCCGCUUCUCUUUCCCCAAGGUGCAGCCUCCCAGCUUCUGUGUGGAGGAGGAGUGUGAGACCAGCCUCACCCUGCACUACCGCAGCACCCGCAAGGGCUUCACCCAGUUUGUCAAAGGCCAGCUGUCUCAAGUGGGAAGGCAGUUCUACAACACAGACAUUGAAGUUGAGAUCCUGUCCAAAGAGGAGACUGAGAAGAUGACAUAUGUGAUCUACAAGAUGAACUUUGACAACGCUGCCUUCAAGCACCGCAUGCCACAGCAGAAGACGGCCCCGGGGUAUGAGAAGCUACCCAUGAAGAGGGGCAUCUUUUUCGACAUGUUCCCCUUUAGUGUGAUCUUCCGCCGGGACAUGACCAUGUACCGCAUUGGGGACGGCCUAAAGGAGGUCUUCUCCGACCUGCAGGGCAAGAAGGUCAACGAAGAGUUCACCCUGGUGCGGCCCAUGCUGGAGUUCAGCUGGGACAACAUCUACACCCACCUUAACAAUGUGUUUGAGCUACUGUCCAAAGCUGUGGUGGAGAGCAAGCAGAAGGUGAAUGUCCCUAAACUGAGCAAGGAAAAGGAAGAUGAGGGAAAAGAGGAGAGCGAGAAACCCAAGAGAGAGGAAGAGAGAGGUACAGAGAAGUCAAGGGUCCGCCCGUCGCCACAGUCAACCGACAGGAGAGAUGUGAAGUCUGUGGAGGAGAUGAAGGGAGACCAGGAGUUCAGCAGUGCUCUGACUCAGUACAACAGCUCAGCCAACUCAGGGGGAGAGGACAUCGAGCUGCUCGCCUUCCAGACUGUCACCGGGAAGUGCAGUGAAACCAUCUUCGAGGAUAUGAGGGAACCUCCCAAGAAGCCCCUCCACCUGAAGGGUCAAAUGAAGUACGUCCCCCAGUGGGACUCGCUCAUCUUCCUCAGUACUCCCAUUAUAGAGACAGUGGAGGACAUGAUUAAAAUGGGCGUCUAUGUGAAUGAUCUGAACCUACACGACUCCAGCCGAGAGCUCAUCUUAGCCGGAACACAGCAGUCGGCUGAACUUCAGCUGGCUCUUGACCAGGAGCAGCAGAAGUAUGCCCAGCUCCAGGAGAUCAUCAAGAAGCUGGACGAGGAGAAGAAGAGAGGAGACUCCCUCCUCUACGCCAUGAUCCCCAAAGCUGUGGCUGACCGGCUCAGGAAGGGUAUCACGGCCCUGGAGACAUGCCAGGUGUUCCCGGACGUGACCAUCCUAUUCAGCGACGUGGUGAAGUUCAACGAGAUCUGCAUCCACAUCACGCCCAUGCAGGUGGUGGACAUGCUCAACGAGAUCUACAUCGUCUUCGACACGCUCAGCGAGAAGCACAAUGUCUACAAGGUGGAGACCAUCCGAGAUGCCUACAUGGUGGUGGCAGGCGUGCCCAAUAAGACAACCUUCCAUGCCCACCACAUAUGUGACAUGGCCCUGGACAUGCUGAGCUCCAUCGACCACCUCAAAGACCCCUCCACUGGAGACAACAUCCAGAUCAGAGUCGGGAUCCACUCAGGGAUGGUGGUGGCUGGGGUGGUGGGGCUGAAGAUGCCUCGCUACUGUCUGUUUGGAGACACCGUCAACACUGCCUCCCGCAUGGAGAGCAAUGGGGUGGGCAUGCAGAUCCACAUAAGCCAGACCACCAAAGACCACUUGGAACAUGAGCCCUACAUAAUUGAGGAGAGAGGAAAGAUUUUUGUGAAGGGUAAAGGCUACAUGAAGACAUAUUGGCUGAAGGGGAAGAAGGACCUGUCGUUUAAGACUCCAGCAGAGCUCCGCUACAGCAGUGAACAGAAGGACUCAGAGGACAGGAGCUCCAAUGGGUCCACCUGCACCAACACCAAGCGCUCCACCUCCAACCUGAACAUUCCCAACGAGGAGCAGGCAGAGGGCAAGCCCACCCCCACAGAGCUGCCUGCAGAGCCCUUACCUUCACUAGAGGGCGCCCCCGAGGACCCCACAGACCCCACCGAGCCCCAGGAGAAGAAAGUAAAAAAGAACACUAAGAACAACAACAAAGGGGGCGUGGCCAAGCCCGAAGCUCCUCCCCAGCAGGUCAAUGUAGUGCAGGAGAGUGCAGUGCUUCCUGCUGCUGCCCAGGAGACCCCCACGGCCCCCCCGGCCACCGCCGCCCCAGUGCACAACAACAAGAAAAACAGCUUCAGGCACCACACCAAGCUGCCCGCCCACCUUCCCAUGCGCAGCACUUCCUGCUGCCUACUGUGAGAGGAGAGGCUAAAAUAAUGUGACUGGCCUGCAUCUUAUUGACAGUCCUGUGAAGGCAACCCUGAAACUGUAUCUAACCUUGAACCUCAACCAAUUAGAAAAUUCAACUUGGUUUCGCUGGUCAGUCACGUCCCUUUUAGUUUUUCCCUACUGUGAGAUGGACCAGGCCAGAGUUCAAGACCUCUCAGAUCAUGGGCCAGCAUUCAUGUUCGAUAUAUUGUAUGAUGCCCUGGUGUCUAUCCUAUGUUUUUCCUUAGGCAGGACCUGAGGGUCCCCACAACAAUAUUCAGGGCAGCCCAAACCUAAUGUAAUGUAUUAAUCCAUUUAUUCAAGGUAGAGUAACAGACGUAGACAGGGCGGACCACCUCACCUAAGUAAUAAUAGUGGAAACAUUGAUGCUCCUAAAAUUAAACAAAUGUGACAUUGCUGAAAAGGGAAAAAUGUUUCUCUUCCAACAAAUAUAUACCGAUACUCAUGUCUUGAUAACGUGUUAAACAGUGGGCCUUUUUUGGUAAUACAAGCACCUGGCUAAUGUCAUGGAUUUCUGCAUGUUGUUGAAAGGAAACAGGUCAAUACAUGUACAGUUCAUGUACUAUUUAUUAAGUUAUUACCGUCGGUGAAAACACCUUUUCUAAUUACAGGAUCACAAUGGAUUGAUAUACAGAGUAAGAUGAGAUGUCAAGAGAUGGUUGUAUUUUAUUUGCAAAAAACUAGUUCUGAGAAGUCUGACAAGUUAGAGUACUGAUACUGUAUUUAAUGAUGGAAUAAUAUUGACUUCAAUAAUCAUUUAUAUAAUAGCGCUUUUCCUAAUGCUGUAAGUGCUUUACUUUUUGUUUUGUAUUUGUAAUUUGUUGCACGUUUACUGUAUGUUAGCACUUCUUUGUCCAUAAGAACUGUACAGACAAACACGUCACGUGUUCAUUUCCUUGUUGAUAUCUUUAAAUGUUUUGCUUGACAAUAAACACACAAAAAAAUUGUGA